AUGGCACCAGGUCGUCGAGACGUCGAGUUCCCCACUGUUGACGGACUAGCCCUUAGGGGUUGGUUCCACACCGCCAGCGGAGAUGGAAAGCACCCAUGCAUCAUUAUGGCGGACGGAUUGGCAGGUUUGAAGGAGCAGUUUUGCUCCAACUUUGCCCAGCGGUUUCAAGCCGCUAGUUAUGGAGUUUUGCUCUUUGACCACCGCAACUGGGGUGCAAGCGACGGUCUUCCGCGGAACGAGACGAACCCCAUCCAGACUGCUCGCGACUACUCAGACGCUUUUGACUACGUUGCCUCGUUGGGCGAGGUUGAUUCUUCCAAGAUUGUCUACUGGGGGACUAGCAUGUGCGGCGGUUCCGUUCUGCAUGCUGCCGCUUUCGACAAGCGUAUUCGAGCGGUGAUUUCACAAGUCCCCUUUGUAUCUGGUGAACUGCUCAGUACGCACCUGGCCCCGAUUAUUGGGUCCCUGUACAGCAGCCGACAACAGGUCAAAACUGGUAAACCUGCCCCACUGAUCAAGCUAUUUGCCGAAACUCCCCAGGAGAGUCUCCAACCUGACUCCAACGUCCUUCUACGCGAUGAGAAUCUCUGCGAUUUCAUCAAGGCUUUAGACAAGGACAAGUUGCCUUGGUCUCCGAACGUCACACCCCAGACCCUUCUUGACGUCCUUGCAUUUGAACCUCUGGCUUUUAUGCAUCGAAUUGCCCCUACACCUCUUCUCUUGGUCUGUGCAGAGAAUGAUAUGUGUGCACCAACGUUUACUCAGCUCAAGGCCCAUGCGCUAGCCUAUGAGCCGAAGAAGCUGGCCAUAUUAAAGGGCGCUGGUCAUUUCGACCCCUACCAUGGCAAGGUCUUUGAAGAAAAUGUCAAGGAACAGUUGGUCUUUCUGAAGGAGGUUAUUUAA